GUUCCACGCAUGCGCGCCUCGUCCGCCGCCGCCGCCGCUUCGGCCAUGAGCCAGGCGGAGCUGCCUCCUCGUCCUCCUUCUCCGCCGCCGUCUCCGCUGCCGCCGGGCGAGCGCAGCUUCCGCGAGGCGGUCCGCGCGGGCAACACGGCCGCCGUGCACGCGCUGCUGCGGGGCAUGAGCAGCUGCGACUUCAACGUGAACGCCUUCGGGCCCGAGGGCCAGACGGCGCUGCACCAGUCGGUGAGCGACGGCAACUUGGAGCUGGUAAAGCUGCUAGUCCGCUUCGGGGCCGACGUGCGGCUGGCCAACCGCGACGGCUGGAGCGCCCUGCACAUGGCGGCCUUCGGGGGCCACCAAGACAUCGUCCUCUACCUGGUGGCCAAAGCCAGGGGGGGAGGCGCCGCCGCCGGAGGGGGCAGGUGAAAAGAAACAGCGCACCACUCGAACCCAGAACCGCACCACCGAGGACUUAGCGCCCGUUGCAACACUCCGUGGGAAGGGGGUUGGACUAGAUGACCGCCGGAGAUCCCCCUUUCCAAACGAAGCUUCGGACCUUGGACCCCCAGAACUUGAUAUUUACAAGGACCAGCCCCCUCUCUUUCGGACUGUCCAUCUACCUCUGUCGCUGCGCAGUGUUGCCUCGCUUGGGGGGGGGGCUUUCACUCGGACAACCCCCCCCGACCCUGGAUUCGAGAUUGCCCCCGUUUUAUGGGGUGUCCUGAGACGCAAACACGCCGCUUUCGAGGGGCGCUCCUGUUUUAUUCCCCACCCCGCACCGAUUUCGGGGUCCGCCCUCCUGGCAUCCCCCAAAGCCCACAUUUGGGAGGGGGUCGAAUGGAAGGAAUCUCUCUUAUUCUAAACUCAACUCAAAGGCGCCCCCUGCUGCACAAGCAGGGAGGCGGAGGAAACUACUGGGGCUGCGGGGGGAAAUACCAUUUAAUGUCUGGAAAUGGGGGGGGGUGUUAUAGAGAUAUAUAUUAUAUUAAAGCGACGUUGACUGUAAAUUCAAAUGCUGCUUGUCUCCCUUGCCAGGGGAGACCCCACCCCACUCCGAUUUCACCCCCGUUUUCUACAGUGUGUGACAUUCCCUUUCCCCAACCCCCCACUCCCCGUUCAACCUUUAAAAUAUAGCUAUUUUAAUAGA